GAAAGAUUAACUUUUCAGUAUUUCCUGAUUAUUAUCGUGAGAUUGACCAACGUUGACAAUGUAAAAUAUAAGUUUAGAAUUUAUCAUAGACUACUUAGCCAUCCAUAGUAGUUAAAUAAUUAAUUACUAAGGAAUUUUUAAUUAAUUAUUUGAAAACUUGAAAGGCCUCAAUAAAAGCCCCUUUUUUAAAUAAUUUACGCGCAUUAAUAAGAAACAGAUUGGGAGAGGAAACCAGCGGUUGGUUGGAGAGAAAAUUAAAAAAAAAAAAAAGAAGAAGAGAGAAAGAGAGAAACUCUCUGGAAUUUUCUUUCCUUUGAGGACCAGGAAUCCCAAUCCCCAAGGGACCGCCUGGUUUUCCUUUUUCUCCUCUUACUUCUUUGUUUUUGUUGUCUUUGCUUUCCUCUCAAUAAAUACAUUCACCCUUACAAUUCUCUUGGGUCUUCUCUCCUCCUCUUCUCCCCAAAUUCGUCAACAAACGAAUCGAUUCUGCGAUCGCGUUCUUAAUUCCGUUUCCAAAACAGAGGAUUGAGAUCGUAAUGGCGGAAGAGCAUCGCUGCCAGCCACCGCAACUAUGCGUUAAUAACUGCGGCUUUUUCGGAAGUCCGACGACGCAGAAUUUGUGUUCCAAAUGCUACCGUGACUUGCAGCUCAAGGAACAACAGGUGCUCGCGCUCAACCAAACUUUGAUCUCCUCCUCUUCUUCUCCCUCUUCCUCAUGUCUAGAAGGAGGCGGCGCCGAACAUGACGUGCCGGCGGCGCCGUCGGCAGGGGCGCAUGCAAACAAGUGCAUGACGUGCCGGCGGCGCGUAGGGUUGACGGGGUUCCAGUGCAGGUGCGGGAUGACGUUCUGUGGGACCCACAGGUACCCGGAGCAGCACGCGUGCGGGUUCGACUUCAGAGGGAUGGGAAAGGAGCAGAUCGCCAAGGCCAACCCGGUCGUCAAGGCGGAUAAGCUGCAGAAGAUCUGAGAGGAGGCGGCCGUCAAUAUCGUUAUUGUCGCGGUUGUAAUGGUCAUUUUACUUUUCGUGGUUUGGGAAAUUUGGGUCGGGUCGGGGUUGGUUGGCGAGUGGUGUGGGAGCGAUAAUGCUGUUGCUUGGUCUCUGUAAAUAUUUAAUCAUAAUUUAAUGGUUUCUGGUUUUAUUCUUUGA